AUGGGAUACUUCUACCGCCCUAUGCUGAUCAAGCUUAUUAUAGUAAAAUGUUAUGUUUGUUCUCAGUGGCCACCAGCACUAUGUGAUCAAAAGCGAAGUUGUUGCUAUCCAACUACUGGAAAGCCAACACUUGACUUUGGCAUUCGUGGACUUUGGCCAAAUUACGACAAUGGCUCCUAUGCAUCAAGUUGUGAUAACACAAACCUCUAUGAUGAAACAGAGAUCGAAGACCUGAUAAGUAGCAUGCAAGAGAACUGGCCAACGCUAGCCUGUCCAAGAAAUAACGGAACAAAAUUCUCGUCACACGAAUGGGACAAACAUGGCACCUGUUCCCUUUCUACUCUUGAUGAGCAUUCUUACUUCAAAGCAGCUCUGACCAUCAAGGAGAAGGUGAAUCUUCUUUCUGUUCUGAAGGAUGCAGGAAUCGAGCCAGGAGGCUUUUACAGCUUGGAAGCGAUCAAGGAAGCUAUUAAAGAUGGAACUGGACAUGAAGCACCAAUAGAAUGCAAUAAGGAUGCACUUGGUAACUACCAACUGUACCAGGUUUAUCUUUGUGUUGAUAAGUAUGGUACAGACCUCAUCUAUUGUCCAAUACUCCCCCGAAGGAAAUGCGAUGAAACUAUUGAGUUUGCAACCUUUGGUCCAGAAUCCUUCGUCGAGGAGGGAUCUUUCUUCACUCUUUCUCUAGAGAGUGACCAAUCUUCAACCUACUAGGCCUUUUCUUUCCCAUGGCGCAUUGUGCCUUCUUAUGAAAUAAGUUUUUCCUACUCAGGGAAUUUCCAUGCAUUUCCAUUGAAGUUAAGAGAAAUCUAGCAGAAGCAACUUUGUGCAACUUAUUUUGUUAUAUUAUCUUCUUGUAAUUGAAGUCCCAGUUAUUCACUCCAUUGAUCAAGCAGAAAAUUGGGUUGGCUCUCUUU